UCUAAUUGCCUAUCUACUUUUACCAGAGAUCUUUAUUUCUUCAUAAGGCUUUGAGCUACUGUCCAGGGUCCUUCACUCCAACACGAAGGACUCCCUGCUGCAGGCAGGUCUGGUGGUUAAGAACUCUCUCAACUCUCGAUUAACUGGGAAUGUCAAUUUCUCCCUCACUUUCAAAGGACAGUUUUGCUAGAUAUAGGAUUCUUGGUUGGCAGCUUCUUUCCUUCAACACUUUGAAUACAUCGACCCAUGCCAUCUGGCCUCCAAGGCUCCUAUGAGAAAUCUGCUCACGAUCUUCCUGGCAAACCUUCUCUCAGCUUCAUAGAUGUUCAUAACGUACCUUAUCAUGUCUUAUGCAACAGAACAUUUUCCUGUAGUAUUGUGAAGUCAGUUAAUUUGUAACAUUGUUUUGGGACCAGAGUUUAAGGAAAAGGAAUUGAAUGUUUCAAGUGUAUACAUUAUGUGGUCUUUAAAAUUAUUAGAUUUUCAAACUAGAAAUGAAAAGGCCACUGAAGCAUCCUACAGAUUUUAAUUUCUAACAAAGUGAACACCGAUCUCUAAAAACACACAUAAAGAAAAAUCACUUUGGGAUCCUUUUUCCUAAGUGUAAAGGGGUCUUGAACCCCAAACAUGAGAAAACCACUGUGGUUUAUCCCCAGCUGUGAUUGGUCCAUUUCUUGUUCUGACCUCACAGGGCACCACUGUGAUGAAAUUCACAUAAACCUAUAUAAGUCCCCAGCUGGGCCCAGGUUUUUGGUCCUUAGAGCCCAGGAAGCUGCUUUUGGUGACCUGACAGCCUUGGACCCACAGUUUGCUUGUUUUUUCCUUGUUUUUGCCAUUUUGUUGAUUUUUUCCCUUUUUUCUCUAUUUAUUUUUCUCAUUUUUCUUUUUUCUUUGCCAUUUUCUCAGUUUUCUUUUUGUCUUUUUAUCAUUUUUUUCUUUUAUUUUUAAAAAUUUUCUUCUCAAUUAUUUUUUUCCCAUUUUUUUCUUUCUGCUUUCUUUUUUUUUCUUUGCUCUUUUUCUCAUUUUAUCUUAAAAUUUUUUAGUUAGUAUUGCUAGUAUUUAGUAGAGUUAGCACAGUAUCAUUGGUAUAGUUAGCAUAAUUGGUAUAGUUAAUAGUUUACUAGCAUAGUUAGUAUUAGCACUGUUACUAUAUCUAGCAUUGUUAGUACAGUUAGCAUAGUCAGCAUUGUUAGAAUAGUUAGCAUUGUUAGUGAGAAUAGUUAGCAUUGUUAGUUAGCACAGUUAGCAUUGCUAGUUAGUGCUGUCAGUCAGUGCAGUUAGCAGGUCACCAUGAUGCAGGGCCUCACCACCAUCUCUGCAGACAAGGAGGCUCAUAUUGAUAAAUACGAGAUCCUCCACACCACUGGUGAACGUAGGUUCGCCAAGGUGAAGUUGGCCUGGCACAUUCUGACCGGGACAGAGGUGGCCGUUAAGGUCGUUAAGAAAAGGCAUCAGGGGUUUCCCUGGUGGCGCAGUGGUUGAGAGUCCGCCUGCCGAUGCAGGGGAUGCGGGUUCGUGCCCCGGUCCGGGAGGAUCCCACAUGCUGUGGAGCGGCUGGGCCCAUCAGCCAUGGCCGCUGAGCCUGCGCAUCUGGAGCCUGUACUCCGCAACGGGAGAGGCCACAGUAGUGAGAGGCUCGCGUACCGCAAAAAAAGAGUGCACAGUAUGAAGGCUCUCAAUCACCCCAAUAUUGUAAAGCUACUGGAGAUGACUGACACGGAGGAGACAUUGUUCCUGGUGAUGGAGGACCUCAGUUGGGGUGACAUGUCCAGCCAUUUGGAGGACCACGGCCACAUGACAGAGGCAGAGGCCCAAGGCCCGUUCCAGCAGCUGGUCUCUGCCCUGCAGCACUGCCACCCAAGGGGCAUCAUGCACCAGGACCUGAAGCCAGGGAACCUCCUCUUUGAUGCUGACAUGAACGUGAAAAUUACGGACUUUGGCCUCAGCAACGAGUGUGACGAGAGUGGCAAACUUGACACGUUCUGCGGCAGCCCCACUUAUGCUGCCCUGGAACUCUUCCUGGGGCAGAGCUACGACAGCCCUGUGGUGGACAUGUGGAUGAGGCAACUCCGCUGGGACGACAGGGCAUCAGGGACAGGAGCUUCCUGGACCAGCUCUGGACUGUCUGCCUCCAGGCCCAGCGUGAUGGAUUCCAACUUCCGCUUGCCACUCUGCUGUGGUCCUGUGUUACAGCCGCUGAGCCUUAUCCUAAGCAGGACUGUGGUCCUGGAGGGGACAUUUCUUGUGGUUCCCUUGGGUCCGGCUGCUCCCAGGACCACAGCUGUCUGACGUUUCCGGCCCUCCCUUCCAUGGGUCACAGCCAAGCUCAGCUCCAGCCCACUGUCCUCUCAGGGUGCUUCUCUGGAAAUCUAACGCGGGAAGACAGAUGCUCCCGACUGAACAAAUCAGGAGCCGGUACCUUCCAGGGGCCACACCCCUUCUCUCUCCCAGAGACGCAGCUUGCUUUGAAA